GCGUCGAGAGGGAGACUUCCCACGGGAGCGGGGCCGAGGCGCGGACGUCGAGGGGCAAGCCGUGGAGGUCGAAGAAGGUCACACGCCCGGAGAGAGGACCUCGGCCCGAGCCGUUUCUGGCCAUGCCGGGACGGGUUCCCGACAUCCUUCCGGCGUCAGUGACGACCGAGAAGGAUUUGUCGGACCUCAUGGAGGCGGGCAAUUUUCGCAAGGGUCUUGCCUCACUUCCGGACGAGGGUGAGCUUCGACUGGAGCCGCAGAGGCGUCGAGGGCACAUCAUCGUGUUUACCAGUUGGUUCCACGCCGGACUGUGCUUGCCCGUACACCCGUUCCUGCUGGAGGUCUUGGAUACCUAUGGUAUCUAGUUGGCGCAGUUGAUUCCCUCGACGAUCCUGCGUCUGAACGUGUUCAGGUGGCUUUGUGAGACCGUCUUGCGGGAGCCUCCGACCAUGAGGUAUUCUUGUUGCUAUUCACCGUCCACGUGGAGGAGCUUCGCACCCCCAACGAGAGCACUUGGAGUGCUUUUGGGUCGGUCGCCGUGAGGCUCCGUCCUGGCUUCCACGACGAGUUCCCGCUGAUGCCGGCGAAGAGCGUGGUGCAUCUGUUCGACGGGUGGGACUCGCAGUGGUUCUUCCUCGAUGUUUCGGAGACGAGCUUGCGUCACUCCGGUAGGCUCCCUCGACACUCUGGGCCUGGGGGGCUUCGGGAUGUCAUCCGUCCCAUGGGCACGUCCUUGGUCGAGGAGUGGGAGCUUGCCGGGAUCAAGUCGGCUCGUUCGCAGCGUAGCUUCCGCGACCUUCUCGAGGAGAUGGUGAUGGCGGGCCACUUCAUGAUGAGGGCGUGACCACAGGUGGAGCUGGGGAUGCCCUUGGCCUUUCGUCACCCACGCCGCGCGGCUAACCCGGCUUUCUCUCGAGAGAAGGCGGCUGAGUGGGCUUCCCAGAUGGUCGGGCCAUACAACUCGGUGGAGCAUCGGGCCUACGUCGAUACCAUCAGCGAGGGAGGAUGCCACAACGUCGUGGCGGCGUGCUUCGACGACUCGGUACCGAUGCGCCCGGAUCCCAAGUUCGGGAAGCUCAUCAAGGCCGGCGAGCGGUACUCUCGUCUUGCGACUCCGUCGAUGAUCGCCGUUGGUUCUCACCUCAGAGAUACUUGUGGCAAGGUGAAGCCUCAGGUCGUGCUUGGGUUGGGUGUGCCGGUGGCCCCAAUGCCCAAGAUCCCUCGUCCUCUGAGUUCACGCAAGAGGAAGGCUCCUUCUCUUGACCUAGCCGACGUGGCUGAGUCGAGGUCUCCCUUGAGAGAGUCCAUGGACAUGCACCUAGCCGGGAAGAUCGACAUUGAGAAGAUCUGCCUCCGUCGCCUCACGAGCGUGCAGUUUUCUCCCAGAGGACCGGGCUUCAGCUUGUGGUGGAUACCUCCUCGGAAGCUAGCGGCACGGGUGUUCCGGUGUUCUCUUUGGCUCGUGGGCCUGUCGAGGAGGAGCUUCCUGCCACCAGUACGGGGCCUGGGGCGCCUGAUGCUCCCGAGGCCGAGCCCCCGAUUCCGGAGGAGGGAGAGGUGCUUCCGAGGACCGAGGGAGGAGUGAGAGACCCGCUCGAGGCAUUGGAGCUUGCUUGGUCGAGGCCGUGGGCACUCUUCCCGCUCUCAAGGCUCAGGUUGGGGUGCUUUCGGCGGCCUUGGAUGCCGAGAUCUCGAAGGCUACCCUUGCCCUGAAUGAGUUGGCUUUGGAGAGGGCGCGGCGAGAGGCCGUCGAGACUGAGCUUUCUCGGGUGUCAGCGGAGCUUGCGGCCAUGGAGGCGAGGGCUCACCUUGCCGAGGAGGGCCAAAAGGAUGCGAUCGCAAAGACCCGUCGUGCCGAGGAGGACUUGGUGGUGGCCAGCCUCAACAUGGAGCACGCUCGAGCGGAGGUUGCCUCCCUCAAUGCGGAGUCGGAGGAUGCCGGGUUCGGACCAGUGUUCGCCCCUCGUGCUCGCGCCCCCUCGGAUAGCCGUCCGGAGGUGGUCUCGCUCCUGCUCGCCCAGGCUUUGGAGAUUCGAGAGAUGAUACUCUGUUUGAAGGGCUCCCCUCAGCCGGAUCUUCCCCCAUGUCGUACGACGGAUGAGGCGAGUAGGGUGCUUACUUCACAGGUGGAGCUCCUUGAGCCCGCUAUGAAGAGGUGCCUCUUGAGUACGGGUGCUCGACUUGUUUCAUCGGCAGUCGCGGCUGUCCUGGACUUGAGGGUGAGAUGACUCACGGGGCGAAGAAGGUUCUGGCGGACCAGGGAGCUUCUCUUCGCGCUCUGGCUCGACGCUUCGUGCGUUGCCUUGAGCCUGCUCUUCAGGAGAGUGACGGUGGGGCUUGAGUCUUGUGGCCUUUCGAGGCAACAAGGUACCCCAGCUGCAUACUUAUGCGAUGUUGCAUAUCCACUUAUGACAUAGCCUCAUGACUUGCACGUUCUAGGCUUAGACAUAGAGGUUGUAAGGCAGCUUUUUUGAUGUGUUUCAUGCUUCGCUAUGUAGUCAACAUUGUCGGAAAUGUCAACUUAGCUCGGCAUGUAUUUUCUUA